GCGGGCGAGUGAGCGGGAGGGCAGGAGGCGCGGGUGGCUUGGGGUUGUGCUCCCAGAGAUGGCGAAGGGAUCUUUUCCUGGGAAUUAAAGCGACUUUGCUAGUUGGGGGUCAUGGCUUUGCCCCCAGAAAAAGCCUCGGAACUAAAGCAAAUCAUUCACCAGCAGCUGACGAAGAUGGAUGUUCAUAGCAGGAUCCGAGCAGUUCUUGCUGAGACUAUACAUGAAGAAUUGACACCUCAACAUCACCAGUUAUCCGAAGAAGAUCUAAUGAAAGCCCUAACACAACGAGGAAUCAUUGAUGAUGUUAUGAAAGAACUCAGCUUUGUACCUGAUAUAAAUGACAGGGAAAGAAUUUCCACUCCAAAACCAUCUACACACUUUGUUGACAGACAACCAGCAGUAUUGAAAAAAACAAAUAUUGAUCCAACACGAAGAUAUCUUUACCUUCAGGUUUUGGGUGGAAAAGCUUUCCUAGAACAUCUUCAGGAACCUGAACCUUUGCCUGGUCAAACUUGUUCUACCUUUACUCUUUGCUUACAUUUUCGGAACCAGCGCUUCCGCUCUAAACCUGUUCCAUGUGCCUGUGAACCAGAUUUCAAUGAUGGAUUUUUACUUGAAAUAUAUAAGGAUACUUUAGGUGAAGGGAGCAAAAUGGUUGAUGCUACCACUAUGCUGUCCAUAUGUGAUCCAGUGCACAUUGUCUUGAUCAAAACAGACACCUCUGGUGAGACCACAUUAGUAGCAUCCUAUUUCUUAGAGUGGCGGUCUGUCCUUAGCGCAGAAAACAGGAUAACAAAUGUGGCAGUUGAACUUCUUGGAGUAGGAACAGAAUCAAAGGUUUCUGUUGGAGUACUUAACAUCAAACUUGAAAUCUAUCCAAAACUUAACAAGACACUUUCUCAGGAAAUAAUUAAUACUCAGAUGUCUUUAGAACGGCAGAAAACAGCAGAAAAAGAGCGCUUGUUUCUUGUGUAUGCAAAGCAGUGGUGGAGAGAAUACUUACAGAUCAGGACUUCACAUAGUUCAAGACUAGUGAAAAUAUUUGCACAGGUCAAUUGUUCUCUUAUACAAAAACACAAAAUACCCCCUCGUGUUUCCAGCAGAAAGAGCCGAAAAAAGGAUGAAAAUGGGAUAAACAGGCCAGUAUGUUCAUAUACUAGGCCACUUCGAGCAGGUCGACUUCUGGACACACCUCGGCAAGCUGCAAGAUUUGUCAGUGUGAUUGGUUAUGAAAAGGCCCCUAUCAUUGGGGGAGGAAAUAGUAAACAAGAACAAUGGUGUUCUCUUCUGGCUUUUCUCUGUAGAAACAAGGGUGACUGUGAAGAUCAUGCUAACCUUUUGUGUAGUCUUCUGUUGGGAUUUGGGAUGGAAGCUUUUGUUUGUGUAGGAACAAAAGCUAAAGGCACUCCUCACACGUGGGUGAUGACUUACGGGAUUGAUGGAGUAACUACUUUCUGGGAGAGUUUAACAGGGCAUAGGUACAUCCACAAUCCUGUCAAACCCGAUGAUCCUCCAAUUGUUAAGCAACCCAAGGCACUAUAUCCUUACAGAACAAUAGGAUGUGUCUUCAAUCAUCAGAAGUUUUUGGCAAACUGCCAGCCUUCUGAUGCUGUAGAAAUUUGUAUCUUUGAUUUGCAUGAUGAAUCCAAAUGGAAACCAAUGAGUGGAGAAGCAAUCAAAUCUGUGUGUUCUCCAGGGGCCACAACUGCACUUCCGUCUUUUCCUCCUCUCUCUAAUUCCACAACUGAUGCUGCAGCAGCAAGCAAUGAACUAGAAUUGCAACUUAGAAUGUUAGUGGUAGAACAUAGAAAGGAUCUUGGUCUUGCAACAGUCUGGGACGAUCAGCUAUCUUACUUCUUGUCACCAGCUUUGGCAGCCUAUGAACUUGAACGCACGACAGGAAUUUCUUCAGGAAAUGAAGAAUUUCAAGAUAUUAUCAGGAGAGCUGUACCAGAUGGUCAUACAUUCAAAGGGUUUCCAAUCCACUUUGUGUACAGAAAUGCUAGGAGAGCAUUUGCCGCAUGUCUUCGGUCUCCUUUCUGUGAAGAAAUUCUGUGCUGCAGAGGGGACCAAGUGCGACUUGCAGUUCGUGUCAGAGUAUUCACAUAUCCUGAAUCAGCAUGCGCUGUUUGGAUCAUGCUCGCUUGCAAAUACCGUUGUGUACUCUAAACCACUCCUUGCACAUUUGGGUGAAAUUGUGUGCCAUUACAUGCAAACCUUAUAGAAAGUCAAAUAUUUGUAUGUAUUAUUGAUGACAGGCUGAUCCUGGUCCCAAACAUGGUUAAAUAGAAUUCAUUCAGAUUGAUUUUAAUGAACUCAGUUUCUAUGUCUGCUUAGAUAUAUACACUACAGGGGCUAUUUAAGGCUAUGGUGGCUCAUGCUGAAAGGUUUUGGGUUUGCCAUUCAGCUUCCUCAGCUUCCAAAGAGCUACAGGAGGCAGUCUGUGAUGUCUGAAAUUUUAGGGCCUUUUUUAAACAAAAAACAAACCCAAAAUAACACCUGCAAUCACUAUUUUUGGGGUUGUCUGUAAAUUAAGGGUAGAGUUGGGAAUUAUUGCCUUCCAUAUGCUACCUGUUCCCAUCCUUAAAACCCUGGAAAAAAAAAUGCCAAGCAGGCCAAAAUUCAGCUGAAAAUUGAAGUCCCCCACUUCAAUUCACUUCCUUAAUUCUGAAUAAAAGCAGCAUCAGUUGCAAAAAUCAUGCCACUUAAACUCAGGUAUAUUGCCUCCAAAUUUUGGCAGCACAGUCUUAUCACUCCUGAUUUCAGGAGACCUUAAUAACAAAUAUUUGAAUACAAUAUGGUGGAUUCCUAAUAAAGGAUACUGCUAUAAUGUUAGAAUUGGUCUAUGUAAUUUUAUAUAUCAUGGCAGAAAAUGUAUAAUGUAUUUUAAAUAUUUUAUUGGAAUAAAAUCUAUGUUAAUAAAUGUC